AUGCUGAUAGCAUUCGCGACACUGUCAGUCUUCGUGCUCGGGAGCGGCGUGGCUGCUGAGGACAGUGCAAGACCGCGAUCGCCCAUCACGCUCGAGAAGUCGGGAGGCUUCCAGAUCGGCGGCAAGAUAAUCCACAGCCCAUUCAUGCCGAACCAAACGCUGUCAUGCGAUCACGGCUACAUGGAAUACUUCAUCCCCUGGCGGCCGCGCAAAACCAGCAUCGUCAUGUGGCACAGCUCCAGCACGCAGGUGUGGCAGAACCGGUGGGACGGCGGCGAAGGCUACAAAGACAUGUUCCUAAGGCGAAACUACCCAGUCUAUCUCUGGGACGGACCCCGUGUUGGCAGAGCAAACUGGGCUUGCGAGCCAACGGUGUAUUUCCCAACAUACCAGGACCAGGCGAACUUUGGGGCGUGGAACUUUGGCCCUAGGUAUCCCCAGUUUUGGCCAGACGUGCAGUUCCCGACGCGCAAUGAGGCGGCGUGGCAGCAGGCGACAAGCGCGCGAUAUGUCGAGUAUGACACGAAAGAGAAUGUGGAGCUGCACUCGGAUGCAGCAGCCAUCGCCGCGGACUCAGGCCGGGUCGGGAAGGAUAUCGUGUACCUGACGAACUCGGCCGGCGGCCUGCGAGCCAUGAUGACAGCCACCAAAGCAAACAGCACCAACAUCAAAGGCAUCGUCACCUACGAAAGCAUCGGCUACGUCUUCCCAGACACUGCCAACAUCACCGCCGGGAACGGAGGGUUUGGGCCCUUCGUUGUGCCCCUGGAGCGCUUCAAGAAGCUGGCCAAAGUGACGGCGAUCCAGUUCGUAUGGGGCGAUCAUCGCGCGGACAACUAUUCCUACGUUGAGCAGUCGAGGCUGGCGGCGAAGCUGAUCAAUCAGUAUGGGGGGAAUGCGCAGGUGCUGAAGCUGGGUGAUGACGCGGGGUUGAAGGGUAGCACGCAUAUUCCGUUUGCGGAUAUGGAUAAUAGGAAAGUGGCGGGUCUCUUGGAUGACUUCUUGGAGGAGAAUGAGUUGGAUGAGUAUGAGGAUGGGGAUGAUUGGAAUUGA